AUGGACUCCGAAUCACCCAUGGGCACGCCUCCGCUAGGCGAUGAACCCCUCGACGAAUCCAACCUGACCAUUCGUAUCCCCAAUCCAUCAAUGUACAUGGCGCGCCAGUCGCAGUGGAAAGGAAGGAGAGGAAAACCAAGGUGUGAUCAUUGCAGGUUGAACAACUUGAAGUGUGACAGGGUGCUGCCAACAUGCAAUCAUUGUUCUUGGGUCAAUCGCGACUGCAAGUAUACACCGUUACCUACCCCAGCCCAUCGUGGCAUCCCUCGAUGCGAUAGAUGUCGGCAUCACAACUUGAAGUGCGACCGAAACCUGCCCGUUUGCAACCACUGUACGCUUGACAAGACCGCAGAAUGCAACUACACACCAAAGAAGAGACACAAACUGCCCGCAGACAAGGAACGACUGAAACCCGAACCGCUUCCACACGCUCCACCAGGACACCACGGCUACGCAGGUAACCCCAACGCCACCCGGGCCUCCUUCCUCGUCAACGGCAUACAGGGCAGCAAAGUCCCCUCCACGAUGUACGACUUCUCCUCCGGUUCAGACGACGACGAUUCGGACGGCGGCAGCAAGCAAGCGCACAAACGCGCAAAAUACGAACACAUCUGGUCCAUGGGCGACCCCAUCCCACACGCCGGGCCCUCCUCAUCCAGCAGUGCCCCUCCACACCUGCACGGCGGGCACCACAGGGACCGAGACAGGGACCGAGACGGCAGGGAGCAUAGAGAUAGAGACAGAGAGCACGGCCACCACCACCACCCGAAUCCGCCCCCCGUCGGCUCCCGACCCUCUUUCUUCGACGCGAACCUCCUCCCACACGCACGCCACAUCGAACCAUGGUACCACUCCAAAUUCGCGCCGCUCCCGCGCGCGGUCCUCCAAGGCAUCCGCACCAUCAACCCGCUCGAGAUGCCCGUCCGCGCGGCGUACGACGAAGCGCUGCUCAACUUCCUGAAAGACCUCCCCGCCGACGUCGCCGAAGUCUCCGCAUUCGCGCCAGAAGCGUACGCCGCGCUCGCGAAAUGCGUGUCCAAAGGCGACGAGGGCGCGGUGAGCCCCAGCUUGAGGGCAUGGACGAUGAUACACCAUGCGAGGAGCGGGAGCAGGAAGUAUAAUCUUGUGCUGGUGCCGAAGGAGGCGUAUUAUGCGGUCGGGAGGGAGAGGGAGGAGAGGCUUAGGGCGGAGUUUAUGGCGGAGGUCGAUGGGGAGGCGUUUCCGGCUAGGAUAUCGAGCAGCUAUGCGAGUGGGGUGUCGGCGUAUGGGGCUGGGGCGGCGGCUGGGGUGGGGGGAUCAUCGUCUGUCAAGCCACCGGCGAAUCCGGGGCCUCCGCCCGCUUCGAUCGCGGGCUCUGCGUCUGGGUCGGGGUCGGGUUCGUCGGGUGCGGCGACGAGUGCGGCGGUGGCGACGGGGAAGGAGAAGGAGAGGGAGAGGGAGAGGGAGGGGCUCGAUGCGUUUUUGAGGAUUCCGGUGUUGCCACAGAUUUAUGAUGUCUUGAUUUAUGCGCAUAAGAAGCAUGGGACGUCGACGGCGACGCUUGCGCAGGCGAGGGAGGGCGGACUGGCUACGAUCACAUGGCCUAUGGUCGAGCUCUUCUGUCGGCUCUGUCCGCAUUGCGCUGCGAAGGCUAGGGCCGCAUUGACCGCCACACCGGUGUAG